AUGGGAAGACUUCCACCCGACAUGUUCCUCCGCGGAUUCCUGCCUGGCGUAAUGUCAUCCCGAGGAGACGGGCCCACGCCCAUCCCUGAUAUCUCGGCAAACGAGCUCCGCCCAAAACCGAACUUGGACGUGGUACGUUUCCCUACCCUUCCCAAGUUCCCGAUAGACAUGCCACCCGUACAAGUACAACCUGGACCAAACUCACCACUCCAUACACCUCCUCCACCGCAGUCUUGCUUCGCGGAGUACGUGAAAAUUGUGAAGCAAUGUCUGAAGGACGCUAAUGUAGAGCUUCCGGCAGCACAGAACUUUCUCCCCGGAAAGUCCAGCUACGAUCAAGGAGGUGUCUGCGAUAAGAAACAGAUGAUAACAGAAUGCAUAGUCGGUAACCUCCGACCUUGUACAAGCUUAACCGAGCAGGCCUUGGUGAGGCGUACAUUGGCCGAAACCUUAGCCGAAAUGAACCGAGACUGCCGUCUCCACGAACUCGAGUCCAUUGAGAGCCGUCUAGUUGGCGAAAUCCAACCAGGCCCUGACGCUGUACAUCAUAAACUGGAGCUUCUGGAGCCACUCCCACAACCAACAACCGCUGAGAAAGUCACUCAAACCACCUCCAAACCCGAGAUCACCACCGAGGAACAACCAAAACAAAAUGAUGACAAUGACGAUCACACUACACCACAGGACACGGCCGUUCCCAGUGAUAGCGAUAAGAAGCAUGGUGAACCAGACCAGAACGCUCUCCAGCAUUCCCAUGACAUUCAUGUCGAGGAGCUCGCACCUGAGUAUUACCUCCCCUUACUUAUAGGCACUGCCAUCGGUCUUGCCUCUGUAAUCCUACUCUUCAGUGCUCUCUUGUGUAUCUGCUGCAGGCGACGAAUAAAGAAAAAGGUUUAUAUUGAGCGACAGCCUGAAAAACCAAAAUUGUUGGACGGAGUCUACACGAUAGGAGUCCCUCCUCCAGUUUAUGAAGUAACACACGGUAUCCCUCACAUCUCGUACGAGGAAGCUAAGGGCGAAAAAAUCACGGGAAGUCCAUCUUCUCUCAGACGUCACAAUAUCGAAAACGAGGAGUACGAACGAGUGGAUGGAACAAGCCGGAAGGGAGUUGUAUCCGACAUCUAG